GUAGCCCCGGCAGGCGCGGCGCGAGCGCACGACGACCGACCGUCCACUCCCGCGCACCCUUAGUGACCAGUGACUCGUGCAGUGACCACUAAGUGUCGAAGAGCACGCCUCUUCACGUCCCCACAACCAAUAUUCGACCAAUGCCGUGAUGACCAGCUAACAAGAUGGGGGUGUCAGACGAUUUAGCCCCGAGCUUCACGCAGAAGCCUCAGCUCAGGCAGGAGGAUGACGGCAACAAGCUCGUCUUCGAAUGCCAGCUGCUGGCCUCUCCUAAGCCGGAGAUCUGCUGGUACCGCAGCGAUGAACUGCUCAAAGAAGAUAAUAGAACUAAGUUUAAGAUCCAAAGCAUCGCCAACAACAAAUUCUUGGUGGUGUUGGAGCUGGAUGACGUGAUCGAGUCGGACGCGGGGCUGUACAAAGUUAAGGCAAAGAACAAGAUGGGCGAGGUGGCCGCUUCCAUCAACCUUAACUUUAGCCCCGCGGACGAAGACAAACAGAAACAAGUGGACGGAAAAGCGCCGACGUUUGCUCGCAAGCCGGCCAUCCGGCAGGAGGACGACGGCAAGCGGCUUAUCUUUGAGUGCCGCAUCGAGGCCGAGCCCGUGCCCAAUGUAACAUGGUUCCACAACACGCUCGAAGUCAAACCCAGUCCGAGGCAUAAACUAACAGUAAACAAGGAUGGAAAGUCCUACUAUGCCUCCCUGGAAAUUAGCAACGUGACCGUGGAAGACGCUGGCAAGUACCGGGUGACAGCCAAGAACGAACUUGGCGAAAGUAACGCCACAAUCAGCUUAAACUUCGACAGCGACGAAGCGCCCGUGCCUGAGGACUAUAUAAAACCAACAUUUACGGAGAGACCUGUCAUCAGGCAAUCGGAGGAUGGUACCAAAAUCACAUUCGAAUGUCGAUGUGUUGGCAAACCGAAACCAACCAUCACAUGGUACCAUGGAAAAAAAUUAAUAAAAGAAAGUAGUAGAUAUCAAAUAACAUUAGAUGAGGAUCAAUCAUUAUAUCACAUGGCACGACUGGAAAUCAUAGGAGUAGAGAAUUCGGACAAAGGAGAAUAUAGAGCUGUGGCGAAAAACAAACAUGGUGAAGGCGUGGCUAAGAUUAAUUUGAAUUUUGAAUCUGGGGAUAAACCGAAAAUUCCCGAUGGUAAAGCACCAAGAUUCCCUAAAAAACCUACUAUUAGGCAGGAAGGGGAUGUCCUUAUUAUGGAAUGUGUACUAGAAGCAUAUCCACUACCAGAUAUCACAUGGUUCCAUGGCGAGAAAGAAAUAAAGGACGGAGCUAAAAUGAAGAUGUCAAGAAAAGCAAUCGGAAAAGACACUUUUAACUUGACACUAGAAAUUUUGGAUCCUACUAGGGAAGAUGGUGGAAAUUAUAGGUGUAACGCCUUCAACUUGUUCGGUGAGAGCAAUGCAAAUAUUGCUCUCAAUUUCCAAGGUGGGGAUGACGAGAAUGGUUUCGCACCUUCAUUCGUUGAGAAACCUCGAAUCAUUCCCAACGAGGAUGGCACACUCAUUACAAUGCGAUGUGUAUGCAAAGCUAAGCCGGCGGCUGAAGUAACGUGGUACAGAGGCACGACCGUCAUUAAGGCUAGCAGUAAAUGUGAAAUAAAAUCAAACGAAAUGGGCGAAGACAUUUACGAAUUAAUAUUGCUUUUGACCAACCCGACGUCAGCGGAUGGUGGCGCUUACCGCUGUCACGUCAAAAACGAAUAUGGUGAAAGUAAUGCUAAUUUAAACCUAAACAUUGAAGCUGAACCGGAACCAGAAGGCGACGGUCCCACAUUCGUUGAGAAGCCCACGAUUCAGUCCAAGGAUAAUGGCAAACUAGUAAUUAUGGGAUGCAAAGUAAAGGCUAGCCCAAAACCAACAAUUAUUUGGUACCACGAGGGUAAAGAAAUCAAGGACUCGUCGAAAAUUAAGACCAGGGUUGAAGUCAAAGAAGACAUUUACACCAUUGUCUUGGAACUCAUCGAUCCUGGUAUUGAAGACUCCGGAUUGUAUAAAUGCAACAUUAAGAAUGAACUUGGGGAGCUCAAUGCAAAUCUUACGCUCAAUAUUGAAAUCAUUCCAGUUAUCAAAGAGAAACCAAAGAUCAUUAAAAUAGUAAAGAAGAAGACUGUAAUUGUUGAAUGUAAAGUAUUAAGUAAAUUCGCACCUUCGUGCACUUGGUUCAAAGAAGCUAAUGCUGUCAAAGAGGAUUCGAGACAUACAGUACUCAUCGAGCCUCUUAGAGAAGGCGAAUUCACAGUCAAAUUGGAAAUUUCAAACGUAUCACAACUAGACAAGGGGUCAUACAAGCUGGUCGCCAAGAACGAGAAGGGUGAGGCGACGUCGCAACAAGUGGAGAUCACGGACAUCCCAGAAGAGAAGGGUGAUAAACCGCAAAUUAUCAAACACUUCAGAAGCUUGGCCAAAAAAGAAGGCGAAGAAGCAGAAUUUGUAGCCGUCCUCAAAACUUCGGACCAAUCGUGCCGAUGCACCUGGUAUAAGAAUACUACCGUCCUCCGAGAAUCUUCCGAGGUGAACACCUCCUUUGAUGGCACCAAUGCUCGCCUGAUCAUUAGGAAAGUGUCUUCAAAGUACAUCGCCAACUACAGGGUUGUGAUCAAGAACGAGUUUGGUGAAGAUGAAUCGAGCGCUGAUUUGACUCUUGUAGAGGAUAAGAAAAAGAAAGAAGAAAAAGAAGAAGAUGAGGAGGAAGAGAAGACAGUCAUCGAAGAGUCAGAGGAGGAGAUGUCGAUAGUGGAGGAGAAAUCUGUUAUAGAAGAAAACCACGUCGAUGAAAAGAAAAAGACGGAAGAAAAGAAAAUGGCAGCCAAAAAAAUAUCUAAGAAAGAGGAGGUGAAGGUCGAGGAAAAGAAAGAAGAGGUUAGUAUUGAAGCCAAGAAGACCGAUACCAAAGUUGAAGCCAAGAAAGUAGACAAAAAGAUCGAAGAAGUGAAAAAAGCUGAAGCUGAAGCUGAAGAAGUUAAAAAGGUUAUGGAAAAGAAAACAGCGAAGACAGAAGAAGAAAAGAAAGUUCUUCUCGAAAAAUUGGAAAAGAAAAAGGAAGAAAAAGAUGAAGCAAAAAUUGAAGGCAUUCCAAAACUCAAAUCCGUCAAAAAACCAGAAGAGCCUGUUGAAGAAAAGAAAGAGACAAAGAAAGUCACAGAAAAGAAAAAGGUUGUCAAGAAGCAGACUGUUAAUAAAAAAGACGAGGUAAGUCUGGAACGAUUUUGUUAA